AUGCACCCAACUCUUAAUUAUCGACACUCACGGCGGUCUGCUUGUGAUAAAUGCCGCGGGCAGAAGCUACGUUGUGAGCGUGGCCAUAUGAAUGGCAUGUCUUGUGAACGUUGCCUCAAGGCUCAACAGCCCUGCAUCACCAGUAUGAACCACACGACACCUGUUUUCCUUCCUUCAAAUCAUGAUCAGAGCAUUUUUCAGAGAGAUCGGGAUGCUCAUAUGUUUGGCCAUGGCCAUGAUCUGAUGUCGAUGCUUCCAAAGUCAUCCAGCGCCAAAGGAGGACGCUGUGUUAUGUCAUCAUCCACAAACCCAGGGAUACCAACUACCCUUCAGUCAAAUUGCUGGGAUGAUCAGAUGUUAUUGCCGUAUCUCUCUGGAGACAACCUUUUUUCGUUGCCUGAGGACCUAUCUUUAGGCAUGCUAGAUCCUCGGGUGUUUCCCAAUCCUUUUGAAUCGCGGAGUCGACAGCCGCACUGGUCUAAUGAGAAUUAUAAUCUGUCUCCUUCUGAAAGCGCUCUACCAGAGCUUACGCACCAGCACAGUGAUGAAUCUCUUUAUUCGCCGGUUCUUGGUACUGAUAUCUCAACGGAUGUCGGCAACGAAGGUGUAACUACCGGUCAAAUAUCUUUACCAGACCGACAGCCCAUCUAUCCCGGAACAGCACCAAUGUUUGAAGCAGAGAACUUUCCUGAAUCUUUUUGGGGCAACAUUGAGACUCUUCCAAACCCGGCCGAGUUUCUUCCAAGGGUACACCGUCAAGAAAAACCCAACACGAUCAAGAAUGUGCGGACAAAUCUUUUGAAGCUUAAGAUAGAGCUUCAUGAGGACCUAGAGAUGCUUGAAAUGGACUCGGCGGUGCUUGCAUCUGAACCUCUCCUGAACGAUCUCUUCAAUCCAUCCAUUGCCCAUUUGAAUCUUCCAAUCUGUCGCAUACACAACCAUUCAUCCCGGUUGUUGGAAGUAAUCAAAUCUCUGCACAUGGUACCCGAAAUCUCUACAUUCACUCCUGCCAAGUCACCGACUCAAAGCCCUUCGGGUGGACUUGAAUAUUCAAAUUUAGUAUUUCAAGACGUCAGCGACAACAGAUUGGACGAACAUGCGACCACUAUAGUAUCGCAUGAUUCCGGUUAUCAACCAGCAAUGACGACUUCUCCUGGUCGGCCUAUGACCACCAUAAGCCCAAAAUGUGAUAUCACAUUGUGGUUAGGUGUCUUAGAGGCACAUGGCUAUCUGACUCGCAUCUACCGUGCUAUUUUUACGCGUUUAUAUCAAUUCUUUCUCGAAAUACCUCCUGUGGACGCAGCAAUGUAUUUGCUAUUACCCAAGCUCCAGCUUGGACAAUUUCACAUGGAUGGCAAUCUCGCUGUUCAAGUUCAAGUUCUGGUCGACCUCAGCUCUAGCGCGAUGGGUCAGAUCGACGAGCUGCUUGGGUUGCUAUCAGGAUAUAACCAGAAUCCAGGGCUGAAAGAAUCUAGUUCCACUGGAGCUAGUGCGGAAGGCAGCUGGCCACGUACUAUCCGCGAUCUCGUUUUAGCGCAGGAGCAAGAUUCGUGUGAAAUGUCCUUGAUGGAUUUGAUGAAAUGUUUACGACAGCUUGUUCGAGAUCCUAUAUUCCUUUGA